AUGACUACCGUCUCCACCACAAUCACACCUACCGUGUUGGCCUACAAGCCUCCUCAUCCGGAACUCAAGGAAUUUGUUCCGGCUCGCGAUCGCGCGUUUUUCGCAGACCCGGCAAAGGCAUCACUGUUGGGCCUGGCGACGGCUGUCGAAGAAGUCACCCCGAUUAUCGGGACGGAGCUCAAAGGCGUCCAACUGAGCAAACUUACCGACCAGCAAAAGGAUGAGCUUGCGCUGCUUGUAGCCGAGAGAGGCGUUGUAUUCUUCCGUGACCAGGAUAUCACCCUCGACCAGCAGCAUGCGCUUGCAUCAUACUAUGGCAUUCAAGACAGAGAUCCCAACCAGCAAGAUCCCAGACAUGUAACCAUCAUUGGCCGAGGCGGAAACACUCGAGCCCAUGGCAAUUACACAGGCGAAUGGCAUGCAGAUCACUCGUUCGAGGUGAACCCGCCUUCCUAUACACUGUUGCGCCUAGUCAAGACUCCCCCAACCGGCGGAGACACAAUCUUCACCAGCCAAGUCGGGUUGUUUGAUAAACUGAGUCCCGCUUUCCAGAAGGCUAUUGAGGGCCUCCACGCAAUCCACUCUUCAGAUAGAGCGUACCUGGCUUCCAUCAACGGCGGAGGAACACCACACAGAGCCCCCAUCGCCACUGCUCAUCCUCUGGUGCGAACUCAUCCAGUGACCCGCCUCAAGAGUCUCUUUUACAACCCAUCCUUCAUCGAUCGCAUCCAGGAGCUCAACGCCCAGGAGUCUCACCACAUUCUCGCCUUCCUCCGCGAGCACCUCUCCAACGCAGAUGACUUGACGGCGCGGUGGAAAUGGACUCCUGGCGCGGUCGCGUUCUGGGACAACAGAAUUAUCGCCCACAGGGCUGUGCCAGGCGGUUACGACACGGAGCUGAGAGAAGGGAAGCGAACGGCCGUCCAUGGCGAGCGACCGUUCUAUGACCCCGAGAACAGCGAGAGCUUGUCGGAGAGGACUGAGCGACUUGCAAAGGAGAAGGGCGUCAACGGAAACGGAGUCGUCAACGGAAACGGGCUCGAGGACAAGACAAAGGACCUGGUGUUGAAUAAUUAG